GUCAUAUCGAGGCCCUUGCCGUCUAGUUUCGCUUAUUCUCGUCAGACACAGAAAAUAUAUUUUUAAUUUCUUGCGAUCGAAAUCUAUUUUCACAUCUGUCAUCAUGUGUAAUAAAUAAUAAGUCGAGCCCAAAAGCACAAACAAAAUAGAUGCAUAUGUAUUUUGUUAUGCGCUUGGAAAAGAUUUUUCUUUGGUGAACAAUAAACUCAAUCGCUCAGACGUUUUUAUGUAUAUCGGAUGUGUUGUUGCUUUUUUAUUGUCUGAAGUAUGAAUAUGUUAAAUUAGCCGUCGCAUUGCCAACAAAAACACAAAAAACAAAAACAACGGGAAACGUUAUUAAAUUCAUUGAGUAGUUGAAUUGAAUUAAAACGCAAAGAAUUUUUUUGUGGGUUUAGUGUACAGACGAGUGCUUAAUUUUGGAUUUACUUAACGAAUUGGCUGAUCAACUUUCGAGCUGUCCUGCGAAAGCAAGAGGGCUGUGUCGCACUGUCAGUGCGACAGUGUGGGAGGCGAUAUCAUCAUUAGGCGGUGCUGCAAAUCUCGGUGCUGUACAAAGGGGAUCUUGUGACGGAUGUAGUUCUUCCGAAAUGGGAACUGUCAAAUCAAGAGACAUAUCGUCUGGGGACAAUUCAAUAGACGACAUAAAUGUAGCAGCUUGCAGUUCUGGCUUGAAGCAAGAUCAUAACCAGAGAAAAGGGUUCUGUGGCAAUGGCGGCUACUUGCAAAAGAACGACCUGUGCUACGACAUUGGGAACAAUUCACACUACCAGCCUGUGCGUCAACCCAGUAUACGAAGUCGAAGUCAGCAGCCAAUGCCAACAACGGAGGAAUUGGAAAGAAAAUUUACUAAGGUGUUGGCUUCGAUGGAUUUACCUCCAGAUAAAGCAAAGCUCCUAAAGAAUUACGACGAUGAAAGAAAAUGGGACAUAAUUUGUGAUCAGGAGAUGGUUCAAGCCAAGGAUCCGCCAUCUCACUAUCUCAACAAGCUCCGAACAUAUUUGGAUCCGAAAGCUUCGCGUAGUCAUCGGCUUUAUUUUAUUUAUUUUUUCUGUCAGAAACGAAAAAUGGUUGGCGAAUCGACGUCUACACAGGUGUUACGCGAUUUAGAAAUUUCCUUGCGCACCAACCAUAUAGAGUGGGUGAAAGAAUUUCUGGACGAUACAAACAAAGGGCUCGAUGCCCUUGUUGAUUACCUCAGUUUCCGCCUUCAAAUGAUGCGACAGGAGCAGAGAGUCCAUGGCUCGUUUAAUGAGUCCGAAGAACAUUUGAUUUUGAACAAUAGUGGUUUGGGUAACAAUACUUCCGAGGCAAUGGGAGUUAUGUCCUUGAGUGGUGCAAGCAAUGCGUCAAAUUUUGGUGGUGUGAGCAGUGUCAACCUUCUGGAAUCAUCGAGGUACCAAAAUUCGAAUACAUCCGCUUUAAAUGUAAUCACAAAUAGCAUUUUGCGGCCAUCGAUACUGGACGCUCUUGACAGCCCCAGCAUCAAGAGGCGUUCACGCCACAUUGCCAAAUUAAAUAUGGGUGCAUCAACCGACGACAUACACGUCUGUAUAAUGUGUUUACGUGCAAUAAUGAAUAACAAAUACGGAUUUAAUAUGGUUAUUCAACACCGCGAAGCAAUUAACUGCAUAGCGCUUAGCUUGAUACAUAAGUCGUUGCGCACGAAGGCGUUGGUACUGGAGCUUCUAGCUGCAAUUUGUUUGGUCAAGGGAGGACAUGAGAUUAUAUUGUCGGCUUUCGACAACUUCAAAAAUGUCUGCAACGAAACUCAUCGAUUUCAAACUCUCAUGGAGUACUUUAUGAACUAUGAUGUGUUUAAUAUUGACUUCAUGGUUGCGUGUAUGCAAUUUAUGAAUAUAGUGGUUCAUUCUGUUGAGGACAUGAACUAUCGAGUACACUUGCAGUACGAAUUCACGGCUUUGGGUCUCGACAAGUAUCUUGAAAAGCUUCGACUCACCGAAUCGGAGGAGCUGAAAGUUCAAAUAUCGGCCUAUUUAGAUAAUGUUUUUGACGUGGCUGCUUUAAUGGAAGAUUCCGAAACCAAAACAGCCGCUCUUGAAAGAGUGCAAGAAUUGGAAGACCAAAUAGAAAGGGAAAUUGACAGAAACUCGGAGUUAUUGUAUAAAUUGGCUGAGAUGGACACUGAAGUUAGGUUCUUAAAGGCCGAGAGGGAAGACUUGUUGACGACGAAGCUCAAAAUCGACGAGGAAGUGACAACGUUGCGACGAAUAUUAAAACAAAAUGAACAGGAACUGAAAAAGCGAGAAUCUCUUUUGCAAAGCAAAAACCUUGAGUUGCAAACUUUAACACGGUCACUGCCUCGAUCGAGUUCAAACGGGACCAACUCAUCCGAUAAUGAUGUUUCUGUCAAAGAAUCUUCGGUCGAGUGUCCAUCGCCCCCGCUUCCACCUCCUCCCCCACCACAAGAACAUAUUUCAGCAUGCCUGUCCCCACCACCACCACCGCCACCAUUACCCCCUGCGCCACCACCUCCACCUCCAUUGGGAGCAUCGGUGUCACUAAAUAUGCCUCCACCGCCACCAGUAAUUAGCGAAUGUGCCUUGUCGCCGCUGCAACAAAAUUCCGCUCCAAUAUUGUUCCAACCUCCUCCACCCCCUGUUGCAGGAUUUAUGCCAGCUCCAGAUGGUGCCAUGACCAUCAAAAGGAAAGUACCAACAAAAUACAAGCUUCCCACAUUAAAUUGGAUAGCUUUGAAACCAAAUCAGGUCCGGGGAACAAUCUUUAAUGAGCUGGACGAUGAAAAGAUAUACAAGUUUAUUGAUUUUAAUGAAUUUGAAGAACGUUUCAAGAUCGGCGUUGGUGGCGGUUUAUCUACAGGAAACAGUUCGGAAGUCGACGGAACACUGCAAUCGUAUCCCAGUAAGAGGUUCAAGAAACCAGACAAUAUAUCUUUGCUGGAACAUACAAGAUUGAGAAACAUAGCGAUUUCCCGCCGAAAACUGGACAUGCCGAUAGAUGAGGUAAUUUCAGCUAUACACAGCUUAGACUUAAAAAAAUUGUCGCUCGAAAAUGUCGAGCUGCUACAAAAAAUGAUUCCAACCGACGUAGAAGUAAAAGCCUACAAGGAAUACAUAAUCGAAAGAAAGGACCAAAAUCUUCUAACGGAUGAAGACAAAAUGAUGCUUCAGCUUUCCAAGGUCGAACGAAUCUCUUCGAAGUUGUCUAUAAUGAAUUAUAUGGGAAACUUUUUUGAUUGUUUGCAUUUAAUAUGUCCGCAAAUACAAUCCAUAACUUCGGCGUCAACUUCCCUCAAACAAUCUCGAAAAUUCAAGGCAGUCCUUGAAAUAGUGUUAGCUUUUGGCAACUAUUUGAAUAGCAGUAAGAGGGGACCUGCUUAUGGGUUCAAGUUGCAAUCGUUGGACACAUUAAUUGAUACGAAGUCGACCGAUAAGCGUUCGUCAUUGCUUCAUUACAUCGUUGCAACCAUACGACAAAAAUUUCCUGAGCUACUCAAUUUCGAAACGGAAUUGUACUGUACUGAUAAAGCGGCACAGGUCUCUCUGGAGAACAUUAUAACUGACGUUCAUGAUUUAGAAAAAGGGAUGGAAUUGGUAAAGAAGGAAGCCGAUCUGCGUGUGAAAGGAACUCAAACACACAUUUUACGAGACUUCCUUAACAACUCCGAAGAUAAACUGAAGAAAAUUAAAAUCGAAUUGAAAAAUGCCCAGGAAUCGUUCAAGGAGUGUGUGGAGUACUUUGGGGAAUCGUCACGCAAUGCGGAUGCGGCUGCAUUUUUUUCUUUAAUAGUUAGAUUCACCCGGGCAUUUAAGGCCUACGAUCAAGAAAACGAACAGAGAAGAAGACUGGAACAGGCUGCUGCUGCUGCAGCAUCUAAAAAGGAAAGCGAACAGGUCCAAAUGAGGAACAAGUGUAACCAGAAGAAACAACAGCUUCCUGCCGGGAUAUGUCUCCAGGACGCCGUAAUAAACGAACUGAAAUGUAAAGCCAUUUCAGUUCGGGAAAAGAAGCUUUUACUGCAGGACGAAGUUUACAAUGGAGCGCUAGAAGACAUCCUACUUGGCCUAAAGAGCGAGCCGUAUCGUCGAGCAGAUGCGGUUCGUCGCAGCCAGCGCCGGCGUAUUGAUAAUAACCGCCUUUCACGGACUCUCGAAGAGCUUGACGUUUAAAAUACACGUUAAAACAUUUAUACCAGUAUCAGCCCAAUAUUUUUACGUUUUGCCAGACGCAUAUAUUGGACUCCAAAUAACCAUAGUUGUAAGAAUCGAAACUAUUUCGAUAUAAAAUUUUUAUAAACCUAUCGAAGAUGCAUUUUUAUAAUAACGACUGCGAACGAGUUGUUGUAUUUUACAUUCCCACAUUAGAUUGCAAUAACAACCAAAAACGAAUAUUUCACGAGGCAUUGAGCCGUCUUAUAUAAGCUAACUGCAUUUUUAUCAAACUCAUCUUUUCACACAUACGUUGAAUCUCCUAGAAUACAUAGCAUAUGUUCAUUAUAUUUUGCGAAAUGAAAAAUAUAGCAAAAAAUAAAAUAAGUAUAGUUUUUUAUAAGCAAUUUUUGUAGGUUUUUUUACACAAUUUAUAUCGAAAUUAUAUUAAACCAAAUAAAAAGGAAAAUAAUAAUAGA